CCCUUGCUCUCAUUCCCUCUCCGUCUUACCGGUGUGGCUUGCUGGCUUCUUUAUCUGGAGAGAGGCUUGUGAUAUUUGCUACGCUGAAGCUCGCUGUAUAUAUUGUACUUGACCUCAUCAUCGACGACUAUUCUACUUGUUGAACUUGCUACGGCCCGACUUCGCGAUGGAUCACUCAAUGCAUGGCAUGAUGGACAUGGACCAUGGUCAUGAUCAUGGAGAUAUGGAUAUGGGUGAUGGACAGUGCAGUAUGAAUAUGCUAUUCACCUGGUCUACGAAGAACCUCUGCAUCGUCUUUCCCCAAUGGCGCAUUACCAGCACUUGGUCCCUUCUGGGUUCACUUAUUGUCAUCGUCCUUUUGACAGCCGGCUAUGAGGGAAUCCGACAGCUUACAAGGCGGUUUGAAGCAGCUCACGCUAGGAGGCUGAGUGCAUAUUCUACGGUUGCUGUGGGAGGCAGCGAGGUCCACGACGAUUCUGCCACGGCCAAUGUCCCUUCUAGCCAGACGCUGCCUGCCCCGAACACCGGCUCACCCCUAGUUGUAGGCAGGGAUAGCCGGAGGACCGUCGAGCAAAGAGGCAAGAUCACCAUGGCAGCAUUGUAUGCUGUGCAGGUAUUCUAUAGCUUUUUCAUCAUGCUGCUCUUCAUGACGUAUAAUGGAUUCGUCAUGCUCGCAGUUGCCGUUGGUGCCUUUGUGGGAUAUUUGGCGUUUGGAGAUAAUACCUCUGCCAGCAAAACGGUUGCUUGUCAUUAA